UUUUGAUGCUUUGGAUAGCAAUAACUACAUUUGCAAAUGAAGCAGGUAAUAAAAUUAGAGUAUUAUAUGAGUGAAGUAAAUCAGCUUAAAUGAGUUAGUAGAUGAUGCAAUUGUUGCUUAUGAUUAUAAGGUAUAUAGAUUAAAAAUACCCAAUCCAGAAUAACUAAAAAAUCGUACUUUAAUAGUACAAUUACUACCAUAAAUAGGGAAUCCUAAAGUAGGUGUAGAUUGUGAUACGUAAAUAUAUAUAUAAUAAAGUAGAUAACCAAAACUAUUAGAUUAUUAUGAAUGGUAAACAGGAUCUUGGUUCAUGUAAUAACUUGCAAUAUCUUACUAAGAAAGAUAGGUAGUAAACUGUACAGAUUAUGAUUUUUAUAUUGGCGUCUCAAGUGAAGUUGUUUCUGGUUAUUAGUUGGUUACUUAUGUUUUGAAUGGGAUUCAAUAGUUAGAAUACAAUAUUCCAUUAAGGUAAAUAUAAUAUAUAAUAAUAGUGGUGAAUUAGUAGAAAAUGAAAUUCUUCAAUUCAAAUUAAAGCCAAUCUAAGCAACAGAAUAAAUUACCUUUUAAAUUACAGCUAAUCAAGUAGAUAAAUUCUUGAAAUAAUGUACUAAUGAUGAUUGUUAAAUUACGAUAUCAGAUUUUGAAGGUAAUGAUACUGAUACAGCUAUUCACAUUACAUAAUCAUCACUUUCAUUUGUUCAUUAAAGUUGUUAUAAUUGUUUUUAUUUGAUUGGAUUAAAAAGUGAUAUUAAAGCAUAAUUUCGAAUUUUGGCUAAACGUAAAGAAUAACAUAUAAUCUUAAGAGAGGGAGAAUAAGAAUAAUUUCAUGUUGAAGAAGGAUUUUAUAUUUAUUAUAUGUAUAAUAUUCCUGAUGACAAUAAUAUCAAAAGUGUGAAAUUUCAAUUAACUUAAUAUAAUGGAACAUGUAUAAUGUUUGGUAGUUCAUCUAAUGAUUAUCCUGAUGAUCAAAAUAAUGAAAUAAAGCACUCUUCAUAAUUAAAAGCAAGCAAUAACAAAACUUUCUAUCUAAGUGUAUAUGGUUUGACAUAAUGUUAAUACGGGAUUUAUACAUAAGUGGAAAGAUUUUAAACUGUUAAUUAAACUCAUUUCAUUUAUUUAUAAAGUGGUAUUCCACAAUAAUAUGUGGCAGGAGAAUAAUAUAGUUUUUUUUAUUUAUAAUUAACCUAAAAACAAAAUUUCACCAUUACAUUAAAAAAUAUUGAAGGCAACUUCAUUAUGUAUGUUAAAACUAAUAAAAAUAAUUAAGAAAUACCAGAUAGUAAUACUUAUUAAUGGAAAGAUUCAAAAUAUAUCGAAAUCCAUGUUGAUGAUCCUAAUUAUGCAACUGUAUAUUACAUUGGAGUAUAAUGUUUAAAUGAUCAUGGUGAAUUCAUCAUACAAUAUAUAAUGCAUGGAGAUAUUGAAUUUUAUCAAGUAGGUUAAUAAAUUAUAGGUACUGUUGCCGAAAAAGAGUUUAAAUAUUAUAAAUUACCUAUGUAAUCUAGAAAUCUAACAAUAACGAAAGACAUCUAUUCAGGCAAUGAUGUCUUUGAUUUAGAUUUAUUCAUUUCAUUUGAUCAAAAGAACACACGUCCUAAUAUCAAACAUUAUAAUAUCUAUCUUAUAAAUAAGAAUUUAACAAUACCUGAUUCUGAAUUAAAAUGUUCAAAGAACUCUACAAAAAUUAAUGAAUAAAAUCUCUGUUAUAUUUACAUAUCUGUAACAUCUUCAUCUGGAACUAUUUUUUAUACCAUCUCAACCAAAUACAAUAAUAGUAGAAUACAAUUAGAUGAAGGAUAUCCUUAAACUGUCACAUUUGAUCAAGAAACCUUAUUCUAUUAUAUUCUUAAUUAAAAAGAGGUUUCUGUAUAGUGGUAUUCGUAUGGAGGAAGCCAAGCUAAUAUUGAAGCUUAUUAUGGAAACAAAGAUAAUUCAGAUUUGAAAUACGAAACAUUUAAAUCACAAUCUUACUUUACAUAAUUCUAAAGUAUUACCAUACCAGAAUCUGAAAAAUAUUAAAUAUUAUACAUUCAUGUGUAACCUAUUGAACCUCACUAUUAAAAUGACACAUACACCAUAGGAGUUUAUGAAGGAGUCAAAUUAAUGACUCAAUCUGAUCCUAUAAUAGAUACUCUACAAAAAGGAUAAACUAAAUUUUACAAACUUACUUUGACAGAAGAUGUUAAGUCUAUUCAAAUUAAUCUACAUGUUAAAGGAGGUGGAGAUCUUGCUACUCCUAGAAUCUCUAAAGGAAGAGAAAAAAGACCAACAUUGUAUGAAUUUGAAUAUUUUUGGACAGAAAUCCUUGGAUCAACAUACAUCCUCUAAGAAGAACAAGAUCGUUAUUUAGCCAAAGACGAUUAUAUCAUUGGAGUAUAUGGAUAAUCUAAUUGUGAAAUUUAAAUUAGUUACAAUCUUGAUGAUGCCAAAUUCUUUAAUGCCUUCCUAGGUUAUCCAUUUGAUGUUAUCUUCCCUGAAAAUAUACCACAUAAUUAUAUUUUUAGAGAUAAUCCGAAUGAUAAAGAAUUUAGAAUCAUUGUAUUUGCACUUUAAGGCAAAUUAUAAGUUAGAGCCAAAAAAAUAGAUGAUAAUGAUAAUUCUACUCUUAUUAAUAGUCAUGAUGUUUUGUUUAUAAAUGAAAUUGUUGAAAAACAAAAAUCUUUUUCAAUAUACACUUGUGACUAAGUAAGUUGUGUCUAUCUAAUUGAAAUCACUGCUAUUUCGGGAGAUAGUAAAGGAUUGAUUGAAUUCAGCAGUCAAUCUUAUUAAACUACUCUAUAUGAUGAUCUUUAAUGGACAGAAGUCUUGAAUGAAUCGCAAACUUCUCAAUAUCGCUUUUAUUCACAUGAUGAUGUUCACAUAAAUAUCUAAAUGAUAAGUGGAGAUAUCAAAUUAUAUUUAAAAGAAAGCCAAGAACUUAAACAUAAUGAUGAAGCUGAUUUAAGUUAAAGGAUUCAAAAUGAUACUUAGAUUGAAUUUAAAAAAAAGAAUGCCCUCAUUUCUUAGAUUACGAUUAAGGUUGAAUCUUUAUCUCCAAUUUCCAUCUUUAAAAUUAGUGCAUCCAGAUACUAUAAAAAAUAUUAUACCAUACAUUUGGGUUAAAUGAUGACUUAUCAUAUAAAAUCUCAUGAAACUAUUUUAUUCUAAUAUCAAUCAAUUACUUAAUCUAAUAAUAACCAAUCAAAAUUUAUUACUCUACAAAUUCAAAAUAUUCAUCAAUCAAUUGAAAAUUUAUACUUUGAUAUUAGUCAUAAUUCCAUCUAACCAAUUAAUUAUUUUAAUAAAUAUCCAAAAGCUAUUUCAUAUCAUCUAUAUGAUUCUUUUGGACUCUAUGAAAUUUCAAUUAAAGCCUUACAAAAUAGUAGUACAAUUAGAAUUAUUAUCACUAAUGGAGAAUUGAAUGCUUUAAUAGAUAACAUAUCAUAAUAUUAACUUACAAAAAUUGGAUAACCAAAUUAUUAUGAAGUCUUUUUAUAAUAAAAAUCAAAACUCUUCUUGGAAGUUUUCACUUGCUCAGGAUCUAUAUUAAUCUAGGGAACAAAAAAUUAAACCAAUCUUGCCAAAUAAAUAUUUGAAAUUCAAGUGAUGAAUUCUUCCAAAGAACAUAUUCAAUCAAUUUUACAACUUGAAGCUGGUACAUAUUAUUUCUUGGUGAAAUUGAUUUCUAGUCAUGUUUAAGAUGAAAACAAGAAUAAAGUUUCAUCUUAUUUUAUUAAAUAAUAAACUUUUGAUUAGGAUGAAAUAAUCCCUUACUCAUCAUUUGAAAUAAGUAACAAAUCAAUAGAUUGGUAUAAGCUUGAUGAUAAUUUGAUCAUCCAUAUUCCAAAUUUAGUUUAAGUCAAAAAGGAUAUCACAUUAAUAAAUGUUUACUUUAUAGUGAGAAUGCAAUAAGCUAUAGGUGAAAAGAGUCUUGCAUGUUUGUUCGAAUCUAAUUAUGUUAAUAAUAAGACUAAUGUUUAUGGUAAAUAUACAUAAGUUGUUGAUUAAAGCAUAGAGAGUAACACUACCACUGUAAAAUUUACAACAAAAGAUUAAUAGGCCAAAUAUUUGAGUGUUGUUGGAAAGGUAUAAUUGUAAAUAGGGAAUGAGAUUGAAGAACUCACAUAUCCGUUACCAAUAAUAGAAAUGAAUUAUUCUAAAAACUAGUAAGAAUCUAUUUAACAAUGGAUUUUGCUAGGUGUAUUUCUGACAAUCUUGCUUAUAACGGGGUUUUUCAUUUACUUUAAUAUAAAAAAAUAAGUGAAUCAUUAAACCCAUAACACACUUAAUAUUGAAAUGAAUUAUUAAACAUUUAAUAAUUGAU